AACACCUUCCCCCUUCUCCUCCUUCCUCCCUUGUUUGAGGAGUGCACUUGUUCUUCAGUUGUUAUCCAUCUGCAUUCUAAGUCGCAAUCAUCGGCCAAGCUGGGAAAACGCGACUACUUCGUCUUCUUGUAAAACAACACGAUAAAAACCCUCCUCAUUCUUGCUGCUUCGUUACAGUGUUCCUUAUGGAAUCCCUGGCUUCUUCCCGGGUCCAAGCAUGACAAUAAGCCCCACCAAAAACAAAGCUCAACCUGGUUCAUCAUCAUACAACGACACUGCGGCAACAAGCUUCAGAUCCAGUCCAGCACGGAUGGAUGAGGUGGAUGCGCUGCGAGGGAGGCUUGCUUUGGAAGAGUCCCUUCCCUUGACUGAGCCCAUCAACCUGGAAGAUGGUCAUUAUUCUUCGCUGCGAGAUGGGCUGGAGCGCGACAGUCAGAGUCUGGAGGCUGAAUCUUGGAGCGUGGCGGCCGAUCAGGACUACCUGAGAACUCUGGACCGAGAAGCCAUCAAAAGACAGGAUGUCAUUUAUGAGUUAAUGCAGACCGAGAUGCACCACGUGCGCACGUUGAAGAUCCUCCGGGACGUCUACAUGCACGAGCUGAGACAUUCCCAGCUCCUGGACGAUGACAAAAUGGGAAGGCUCUUCCCCGGCGUGGACGCUUUGCUCACGCUGCACCAGCACUUCCUCGACUUCCUCAAACUGCGCCAGAGCCAGAGUCAAGAAGAUGGAAGUCCCAACUGCUACCAGAUCAUGGAGCUGGGAGACAUAAUCAUCUCACAGUUUUCUGGCUCAGUGGGGGAAAAAAUGAAGGAGUGGUACAGUGUUUUCUGCAGUCAUCACACAGAAGCAGUCAGCUUCUACAAAGAGCUCCUGCAGAACAACAAGAAGCUUCAAAGCCUCAUGAAGAAAAUUGGUCAGUUGACCCUGGUGAGAAGAUUGGGCAUUCUUGAGUGUUUCUUGCUGGUGACACAGCGCAUCACAAAAUACCCUGUCUUGAUAGAGCGACUUCUAAAGGUUACUGAAGACAGCGACGAACAUCAGGCUUUGCUCCAGGGUUUGGGGGCCAUAAAAGACGCUAUCUCACAAGUGAACGAGCACGUCAGGGAGUACGAGUUGGCUUCCCGUCUUCGGGACAUUUGCGUGCGCCUGGAGCCGAAGUCUGUUGGCCGACUGAAGGACGGCAGACUGAUCCGCAGGGAGGAUCUGAUCCAGACCCAGCGGACGCUGCUGCACGAAGGCCCGGUCACCUGGAAAUCCUCCGGCAGGCACAAAGACAUUCAUGCUGUGCUACUGUCAGACAUGCUUCUCCUCCUCCAAGAGAAAGAUCAGAAGUUUGUUUUUGCUGCAGUGGAUAACAAGCCACCUGUAAUCGCCCUGGAAAACCUGAUCCUGAGAGAAGUGGCCCACUCGGAGAAGGCGAUGUUCCUCAUCUGCGCGUGCACCUCCACACCGCAGGAGGUCUUUGAGAUGUAUGAGCUGCACACCAGCUCUAAGGAGGAACGGGUCGCCUGGAUGGCGCGCAUGUGGGAUGCCAUCAACCGUUCCUCAGAAGAGGAUAAACGAUACCAGGAGCUGACGGGCAGACUGCGAGAAUAUCAAGAGCGUCUGAAGGUGAGAGACGAGCACAUCAAGCAGUGUCUGUCGGAGAAGCUUAACAUCUUCAGCGCCAUGUAUGAAGACUUGACCGACCAAGAGAUCGUCCCGAGAGGGCUGCUGCUCAGAGGAGAUCCCACGGAUCUCCAGCAGGGAGAGACACUACUCAAAGGAGCCAUCCAUGAAGUGGAAAACCUUCAAAAUCUGCUUCUCCGCUCAACAAAAGACCCCUGUAACUCCCAGGAGGACCAUCAUUUGUUAAAGUGGAGGUCACACAGAAAAACUGAGGACACUAACCCGUCUGCAAACACUCUGAAAAAUGAGUGGUGCUCCAGCGAAAACGUGGGACCCGGCGGCAGAGGCGUCGAGGACGACAAUUCUCAACUACAGGACAUCAUUUUCUACUGUGAAGGCGAGGAGCCUCCUGCCGACAAUGACAGGUUGACGCCCGCGUUUGCAUCAACCGCCAGUAACUUCAAGGCAGAGGUGGGUGACCAUGUCAUACUGCUAGCUCAGUGGCUGUAUACAUUACAAGCCAUCGUGGCCCAGCAGGACAGUCAGAUCGAGCUCCAGCAGGUCGUCCAGUCGCACGGCAGCAGGACGUCGCGGCCCACCAGCAGCGCCUUGCUGGAACAGGAGAAGCAGCGCAACAUGGAGAAACACAAAGAGGACUUGGCUAACCUGCACAAGCUGCAGGCGCAGCACCGCGAGGCGCAGCAACGCUGGGAAAAGGAGCGCGAGCGGCAGGGCGCCUACAUGGAAACGCUCGAAGCAGAGUUGAGGCUGCGAGAGGAGCAGUGCGUCCGGCAUGAAGAGAAGCUCGCUGAAGACAAGGCAGAGCUGGAGAGGCAGUGGGAGACCUACCAGCAGGGUCUGGAGCGCCUCAGGGAGACCACCAAAGCUGUGGAGAAGGAAAAAGAAAUCCUCAGUCAAGAGAAAGAACGUCUGGAGGAGAGGCUGAAGAAGUACAUGGAGGCUGUGAACGCAGGGCACAACUACGAUGACCCGUACACCAACCUGUCCAGCUACCAGUCAUUCAGAGGAAGCCUAGCCAACGGCGGCAGCUCACGUCCACACGUCCUGCUGGCUAGCGUCCGCGACGCCAACAAGGAAUCGCCGCCCAAAGUUCCCCCGCGCAAGGAAAGCAUGAGCGUCUCUCAGUCAGCCAAACCUGAACUGCCCGUGCACCUGGUCAGCACCACCAACCAGGUACACAAGACGGCUGGCGUGGUGCAGCAGAUCCCAACCAAGUUGGCCACCCUCUCCAAGGGCAAGGAGAGGGGCUUCCGCAUGAAGGCGUCGCACCAGAGGGCCCACAGCGCAGCCUCCAUCGACGUGAGCCAGGUUCUGCCCAUCCGUGUGACGGGGAAAGAUGGAGGUAGUCUGAGGGUUGUCUCUCAGUCAGAUGACUCGAACCUGUCAGGACACGCCAGCACUGUGAGAACGUCACAGUCCUUCAUACACUUCCGAAGCAACGGGGAGGCUCCGCCCCCAGCCCCGCCCCCUUUCCCCAAAGAAAUCCUGGAGAAGCCGAAGGAGAAGGUGAUAUUCCUUUAAUUUCGGAGUGGAGAGACUGAGCUCACUUGGAGGUACUCGACACAAAUAUGUUUUUGUCAAAACAUUGAUGCGUAAAUUAAGGGGGAGGAAAAAUGGAAAAGGUCAGGAGCCAUUUUGCACAGUGGAGAAAAUAAGAUAUUCCAUGAUGUUGAUGUUCUUGCAUUGCCAAAGAUUUUUUUUUUUUAAUUCCAAAUGAUGUUUUAUGACCUUUUUAAUGCAAUGGUGUGUGGAAGCUACAGUAGAAAAGAGUUCUGAACAAGCACUGCUUUUAAAUUAAAACACAAAAACUGCUGUUAUAUUGAAAUAUUGUUGUCCUAAACUAUUCAUUUAUGGGUAAUAUAUUUUUCUGGCUUAUUGCUAUUUAUGGUUUUAAUGAUAUACGGUAGUUUGUGCAUUUUAUUUAAAGUUAUAGGGAUUUUUUUUUUUUUUAAAUCCCAGCAAGAGAAAAGAACACAUUAAAAAAAAAUAAAAAUGUCAAUAAAUCACACAUUUGAAGUUAUUUUUUUCUGACUAAAGCAAAAUGAAUCAAACUGAACAGACACAGCGAAACAAAAAAUAGUCUGCAAAAAUUGUUCCGCGUUUAUUUACUGAACUGCAAAAGUCAAGUUUCAUGUUUCACUGAAAACAAAUCAUCUGUACACAACUAAAAAGAAAACAUUGGUCUAAAAACCAAUACAGCAUAAUAUAGCACAUCAUAGAUAUAUAAAAACAAAGAAAUGAUUCGAUAGUCUGAGUUGUGCACUUUUUUUUUUAACAAACUAGCUUGACUGUCUUGUCACUUGAAUGACUCCUGUGGGGAUCCAAAGUGCAGAUUUUGGAGCGGGGCUGUUAUUGCACCACCAAUAUACUGUAUCAAGUUUGAACUCUAGAUUAUAUUUGUAAUACUAGGUAGAGAAUUCACAUCAUAGCAUGCAAAACAAAAAAGUUAUAGCAUAAAUAAUAGGGAAUCUUCAACAACAAAAAGUAUAUUGUCACGCUUUCGCUACAUACAAUGCAUCAUGGCUGACCAACUAAAUGCAUUAAUUUGCCACUUUUGAGUUGACUGAUUUUGAGUACUAAAAAAAUAGCAAUUUUUCAAUGUUUGAAUUUUAACUUUAAAGUCCUAGAGUUUUUUAUUCUUAAAAGGACAGUAAUACCUCAAGAUACUAAAUUUAUUCAUUCCGGGGUGGCUUUCGUAUCAUGAUUUUUUCGUACGCAGGUAGUCCCUGGGUUAGGAACAGGUUCCGUUCCCACGCAAGUGACGUAACCCGAAUGAACCCUUUAAGUACCCCUAAAUAUCCUCUAAAUCUCAAAAUAACUAUCCAUGUGUCAGAGCUGUUUCUUGAGCUGGAGCUCAUCGAAAAAUUUAUUUUUACUCCAAAUUUUGAAACGCAUGAGUUGCAGAAAACGUUUGUGGAAGUGUUUUUUUGUUUUUUAAUUAAGGAAAAUUAAAAAAAAACCUCAAUGAUAAAAACAGAACAUAUUGGUCAAUUUUUAUUUGAAACUUAGGGGUUGAUGGGAUCAGCAUUUAUCACCACAACUUUAUUAUUAUUAUUAAGCUACAUUUUAGGACACUUAAUUAAAUCCAUGUUUUAUUUCGGUAAUUUAUUUAAAAAAAAAACAAUACUCUGACAACUAACUAAUGUCAUACUUGUUGCAUUUUAUUUUACAUAUAGUAUGUAUAUGGCGGGAAAACACAGACAAGGCUGAAAAAACAGUUUCUGUUCUUGCAACCCUCUUUAAAAUAAACUGCUGUAUUUUAAGCCAAAAGAACGCUGCUGACAUUGAUUCAUGGCGCAAUAAGCCCCCGAACUAUUUUUAAUUUGUCGGUUUUACCCUGGAAACCCCCGUUUACAGACGUCGCGCAACCGCUUUUGUUUCAACCUAGCCAUAAAAAGAAGGUAAGUAAUGGUAUUUAUUAUUUGAAAUGCCUGUCAUUUUUAGCUUAGAAUCAUUCAUUGGUGUCUAAUCUUUAGUUUUAAAAAAAAAACUUAAAAUUAUUCACUCGCAUAUUUUAUUUAAACUUUUAAACAAAUUACGUCACAAUGAAAAAAAAUGGCGUCUGUAAAAAAAGUCACAGAUAGCUACCUCAUAACUAUCACUUAAUUGUAUUUUUUUCCCAUUAUUGUCGCAUUUUCCCCGAUAUUUUAGAUGAUAAUCGAUCCAAACAAAGAAAAAUGGGAAAAAAACUUUUAAAAGGGUAAAUAUAUGAAAAUAAAGAUCUCGACCACUCCUUGAUGUCUGCGAUUUCUGCAUUGCGAUCCUUGUUAUAUUACCAUGUUUCACCCAUAAAAUCCGGCUGUGGCCAUUCCCAGCUGUGUCUUGACACUCAGUGAUACAACUUCAAGUCACCUGACUUUUUUCCACCAUAUACAUUUUUAAAUUAAAUGACAUUUCUGUAGCAUUUUAUAAAAGGAAGUAAUUGCUCUUUUUGAAAUGUUUUUUCCUCUUCUGAAAUGCAUAAAAAUGGUCGGUCUUCCAUCUAGGGGACAAUAAAAACUUUCGAAAUACAAUAUUUAAAUGUGGAAAUCCCCAUUUUGUUGGCUAGCAAAGAUGCAUGCAGUUGCUGAGCGUUUAGUGUAAGGGUUCUGGAAACAUUUUUCCAUUCCCUUUCAAAGUGAGGUAUCUGCUCCUUUUCCCAUUUCAAUCUCUGUAAUAUAACAAUGUAGAAAAUAAAAUUGAGGUGGACACUUUUAGUUGAGCUUUUCUUCGUUUUCUAUCACGGGCGCAUCUGGAGGCAGACUGGGGUCUUCGCUCCGAUUGGUCGCAUCGGCGCCCUGAGACCCGUCGGGCUGCGGCACCUCUGUUUGCGUACACUUGAUGGGCGCGAGUGCUAUGGCAGGC